ACCAGCGCGCUGGAGGCUCUCCCUUGGCCGGUACGGUACCUGCUCCUUUUGCUUCUCGGGGAGGGCUUGAAGCCGGAACGCUCGUCCCGUGGGCUUGCCUUCAGUGGGGGACAAGCGUGAAUCAUCCUCGCUAGCGGAGCUUAGUCAGGGCGGGUGGUUGGAGAAGCCGCCGGAAAGACCAGCUUUUCUUCCCCCCCUCUUCUGUCUGUCUCGCUCUGAAAUCUGGAAGUGAAGCUUGGGAGGGAGGCGGAAGCGCGCUCGCCUCGCGUUGGGAGAAGAAGUCGAUCCACGCCCCAGGCAGGCAGAUAGAGAAGGCCUUUCCUGUGAGCCCCGAGCCAUCUCGGACGGUCCUAGCCCGGGUGUCCACCCCCUCCUCCCAGCGCGCGGCUGAUGUGCACGAAGAUGGAGCAGCUUUUCUACCCUGACUCCUUUUUCUCCGGCUACAGCCAGGACUACAAGGCGCUGAAGUCGGGCAUGGCUUUGAACCUGUCGGCCGAGCCGUUCCGCGGCCUGAAGUCCCAGCUUCCCCAUCACCUCCGCGGCCAAGAAGACAGCCCCGCUGGCUACUUUCCGGGCUCGCUUCAGCAACAGUCGGCUGAAACGGCGAGCUCCUCGCUUAAGCUGGCUGCCCCGGAGUUGGAGCGCCUUAUAGUUCAGAACAGCAACGGCGUGAUCACCACCACUCCCACGCCCCCGGGACAAUACUACUACCCGCGGGGAGCCACCGAAGAGCAGGAAGGCUUCGCUGACGGCUUCGUCAAGGCGCUGGACGAUCUCCAUAAGAUGAACCACAUGCCGCCCCCCAAUGUUUCGAUCGGGGCCGCGGUAGCAGCUUCGUCGGCCAGUAGCGGCUAUGGUGCUUCCCUUCCCCAGGAGCCGCCUCCGAUCUACACCAACUUGACCAGCUACAACCCCACCGGCUCCCUGAGUACUACGUCCAGCUUCCCCAGUGCCAACCUGAGCUACAUGCCGCAGCCUCACGGCCUAGCUUUGCCCCACCCCGCGCGGGGCUUCAAAGAGGAGCCCCAGACUGUGCCGGAUGUGCAAAGCCCGCCCGUGUCUCCCAUUAACAUGGAAGAUCAGGAGCGCAUCAAGGUGGAGAGGAAGCGGCUGCGCAACCGCCUGGCCGCCACCAAAUGCCGGAAGAGGAAGCUGGAGCGCAUCGCUCGGCUGGAGGACAAGGUGAAGAGCUUAAAGAACGAGAACGCGGGACUGUCUAACACUGCCAGCGCGCUCCGAGACCAGGUAGCGCAGCUGAAGCAGAAAGUAAUGAACCACGUGAACAACGGCUGCCAGCUCCUCUUGACGACCAAGAUGCAGCAGUCCUUCUGAUGCGGUGAGGCACCGGGCAGAUCGCCGUCAUCUCAAAAGACUUUUUUUUCCGCCGUGAGGAAGAGAAGUGGACUUGUCACGCAAAAGUUUACACGGAGCCGGACUGACGUUCUGCGUCUCUGUUCCCAAGUCCGUGUUUCCUAGUUAACGUCUGUGACUCAGUCUGGUGGAUCCAGAACUUCGAUCUGUGCUGAGUGUGUACAAGUUUUUUUUUUUUUUAUAGCUGUCAGUGAGCGUGAUUUCGUAUGUGUGUGUAUUUAAAAGAAACGCGUUGCUCUCGCUCUCUUGCUCUCGGCUGCAUCGCUGGAUGGUGCAGCGGAACUGGAGGUACUCGAGACGGAGUCCAGAAAACUGGCCUUUUGGUUUCCUUCAUGCCAGUAGGAAAAGAAAUGGACUUAAAUUAAUUUAUAACUGAAAGAAAAGGGACCAGGACAGAGUUUAGACAGGGAUGUAAUGGAAUCUCAGCCUCUCUCUUCCCCCCAAGAGGCCAUUGCGUGGACAAAGGGGCCAAGAAGGGGAAGUGGGUUUGUUUACUAGCGCUUUUAAUACUUUUGAGUCCUCAAGUUCACCCCCCAUGAUUGUAUUUGUGUGUUUUGACUUUUUAUUGAAAUUAUUUAAGUAAACAUGUUCGAACUACUUU